GUGCUCCUCCCAUACAGGAAAAGACAACAAGAAAAACUGAUUAUGUGGGCUGAAAAGUUGGGCAAACAGUUGGGCAACCCCACUCGAUCAUUGGGGGGAUGGUUGGUCAGCAAGCUGUUUAAAGUUCGCAACCAGAUUCUUGAGGAGAAUGCUGUUCAGAUGUUGGAGAUCCAGCCGGGGGACACAGUACUGGAGCUGGGUCAUGGUCCAGGUUUGGGUCUGCAGGCCGCAGCCAAACUCCUCACCGGGCCUACAGGCCACCUCAUAGGAGUAGAUUACUCCAAGUACAUGCAUCAGAUGGCAGCAGAACGAAUGAAGGAACUCAUUGCCAGUGGCAAAGUGACCUUACACCUGUGUGAUGUAGCUGGGAUGCCUCUGGCAGACAACACUGUGGAUAAAGUCUUCCACUGUAACUGCUACUAUUUCUGGCCUGACCUCGGGAAGGCAACCUCAGAAAUACACCGUGUAAUGAAACAAGGAGGUCGGAUGGUGACCACAAUGAGGCUUUCCCAUGUAGCUACUUUGGGAGCAAAGGGAGUGAUGCCCGGAGAGAACUGGCGUCCAGAGGCCUAUAUGGCAGCUCUGAGCGACUCUGGCUUCACUGAUAUCAGGAUGGACGACAAACAACAUGAAAACACAACUUUUCAAGCUGUUUUUGCCACUGCCUUAAAAUGA